AAGACGGAGACAGCGUGUUAGCUGAAGUGUGCUUUGUUUAUUACAUUAAAGUCAGUUAUGUCUCGAAUACUCAACUGUAUUGUAGCUGUUUGUCCUGAUAUGGGAAUAGGGAGAAAUGGAAAUCUGCCAUGGCAUCCAAUAAGACUAAGCAAUGAAUUCAAGCACUUUCAGAAGAUGACCAUGACGCCUUCAGUUGAGGGUAAAAAGAAUGUGGUCCUGAUGGGCAGAAAGACAUGGUUCUCUAUUCCUGUAGCAAACAGACCCCUAAAGAACAGGAUCAACAUUGUUCUCAGCAGAGAGCUCAAGACAGCCCCAGAGGGAGCUCACUACCUUGCUUCAGACUUCAGUUCAGCUCUCCAUCUGUUAGACAGCAGUGAGCUCGAAAAACAAGUGGACCAGGUUUGGAUAAUUGGUGGAAGCGCUCUGUACAAGGAGGUGAUGGAGAGUUCUGGUCCCAGGCGUCUUUUCGUAACACGGGUCCUCAAGCAGUUUGACUGCGACACAUUUAUACCUGACAUUAACACGGACAAGUACAAGCUCCUGCCCGAAUUCCCAGGUGUACCCACGGACUUGCAGGAGGAGAAUGGUGUUCAGUAUGUGUUUGAAGUGUAUGAGAGCACCAACCACUAAGAAGAUCCUUUAAGCAUGAUGCUAAGCUUGGAGAUGUGGCCCAGCCGGUAGUGCAAGUGCUCUAACAUGGGUGGUGCAGUUUUUCUGGAAGACCUGUUUUUAAACUAUACUUUAGUAAUUGUCUGACCCCAUCACCCCUUUUUCACCCUCUCAUUAAUGUUUGUCACAUUUCCUGUCCAAUUUCCCUAGUAAUAAAACCGAAGUGCCACAAAAUACACAACCAGUCAAGUUGUUGAACAGUAAGAUUUUUUUUAAAUGUUUUUUAAAGAAGUUUCUUCUGCUCACCAAGCCUGCAUUUAUUUGGUCCAAAGUACAGCAAAACAGUAAAAAUUUUAAAUAUUUUUACUAUUUAAAAUAACUGUUUUCUAUUUAAAUAUGUUUUAAAAUGUCAUUUAUUCCUGUGAUUUCAUAGCUGAAUUUUUAGCAUAAUUACUUCAGUCACAGGAUCCUUCAGAAAUCAUUCUGUUUUGAUUUGUUCAAAAAACAUGAAUAAUUAUCAUCAUUAUGUUGAACAAAGGUUAGUAGAAUUUUUUUUCAAGUGUCUUUGAUGAAUGGAAAGUUUAGAAGAACAGCAUUUUUCUGAAACAAAUCUUUUGUAAUAUCAUAAAUGUCUUUAUCGUCACUUUUGAUUAAAGCAUCAUUGCUAAACAAAAGUAUUAAUUUCUAAUAAUUAUAUAUAUAUAUAAUUAUUAGAAAUUAAUUAAUUAAAUUAAUUUAAUUUAAUUAAUUAUAAUUAAUUAUAGAAUUAAUUAUUAAAAAGUCUUACUGUCCAGAAACUUUUGACUGACGGUGUAUGUUGUGAUUCUAGGAAAGUCAAAAAAAAAUGUGGCCUUUGUGUGUCGCUUUGCAACUUUAUUUACGAAGUGGAAAGUAGAAAAUCAUGAGAAGACAGUGGAUUCAGUCUUCCAUGAGCACAACAGCUCAACACGUUGCAUGGGUGCUGAUAACUAAGUUUCUGGUGAUUGUGGCCUUUUCUCCCAUGUUUUUUGUAAUUAGUUUCAUGUUUAGUUCCUCUAUUAUCGUUUCAAAUAUUCCAAAAACAAUAUGCCUAAUUUUGCUAAUAAAUGUUCUUUUCCACA